GGUCCUGCGGCUCCUAUUGGCUGGUACUUUGUACAAAAUCUAACUCAAACCACUUCACUCACAACACACCGACAAAUCCUAAAGGCGUACAUGCAGCCUCCUCCAUCACUCCGCCGCAGUCGCAUCGCUCCAAAACCCCUGAUGCAGGCGUUUAACUUUUAUCUGCACUGCUGCUGUUGUCGUUCUGCUACUGAAGAAGGCUGCUUCUGCUGCUUGGCUCUGUGAUAUUUGAUUUUCUCCGACAGGACGACGCUGAUUUUGUGCUGAGUUUUUUUUUUUUUUAAAUUAUUUCUCCAGGAGGAAACCCAAGUAGACAAAGAACUUUCCACUCCUCAAAAGCAGGGUUCCCGGUAGAAGACGGACCACACGGCGGACAGAGGACACCACGUACACCUCGGGAGCUCCAUCAGUUUUCAAAAUUUUCUCCAACUUCAGCCCUCAGACGAACAUUAGCAUGAUGUCGUAUCUAAAGCAACCACCUUACACAGUCAAUGGACUCAGCUUAACUACUUCUGGAAUGGAUCUUUUACAUCCGUCAGUGGGCUAUCCAGCCACGCCACGGAAGCAGAGGCGAGAAAGGACUACUUUUACGCGCGCACAGCUCGACGUUUUGGAGGCGUUGUUCGCCAAAACUCGGUAUCCGGACAUAUUCAUGCGCGAAGAGGUGGCGCUGAAGAUCAAUCUACCUGAAUCCCGAGUACAGGUCUGGUUUAAAAACCGGCGAGCGAAGUGUCGCCAGCAGCAGCAGCAGCAGCAGAACGGGGGCCAGAACAAGGUGCGACCUGCCAAAAAGAAAAGUUCCCCAACCAGAGAAGUGAGCUCGGAGAGCGGGGCCAGCGGCCAGUUCACGCCCCCCACCAGCACCACCACAGUCCCCGCCAUCUCCACCAGCACCGCCCCAGUGUCCAUCUGGAGUCCGGCGUCCAUCUCUCCUCUCUCAGACCCCCUAUCUACCUCCUCCUCCUGCAUGCAGAGGUCCUACCCCAUGACCUACACCCAGGCCUCGGGCUACAGCCAGGGCUACGCCGGGUCGACCUCCUACUUCGGGGGUAUGGACUGCGGCUCUUACCUCACUCCCAUGCACCACCAGUUGUCAGGCCCGGGCUCGACUCUCAGCCCGAUGAGCACAAACGCGGUCACAAGCCAUCUGAACCAGUCCCCGGCGUCCCUCUCCACCCAGGGCUACGGGACGUCCGGCCUGGGCUUCAACUCCACAGCAGACUGCUUGGAUUAUAAGGACCAAGCGGCGUCGUGGAAGCUGAACUUCAAUGCCGAUUGCUUGGAUUAUAAGGAUCAAACAUCCUCGUGGAAAUUCCAGGUCCUGUGAACAGAGCAAUCAGCUGUCAAAAAAAGUGCACAAACAGUGACGAUCACACGAGACGCAGCGCUGCCAUCCCUCAAUAAAACACAUCGGACUGGUUAAAAUGUGAGCCCGACACGGCGAGGCAGGGCUCUCAGAGGCCUCGAGUUUUUUUGGCAUGAUGGUCUUUGGUCCUUCUAGAGGAGAGGUUUUAAUUUAUUUUAGCACUGGCAAAGAGAUUCUUUCCCGUUUAUUCACAGGUUGUAGCCCUUCAUCCAUGUCUGUCAGUGUGUGCCUCUAUACGUAAAAAACACCUGUUGAGGACAACACAGAGUGGACUCCGAAAGAAAAGUAGCUACACCCACAGCCACGGAACUAAAAAGUCACGAACAAAACUCAAGUUAAUUCUGCCGGUGAAGUGCUCGGGAUGGACAGACCUCCUUAAAGCUUCUUACACAACUUUGCCGGCCUGCUGGCAGAGAGACAUGAGGAUGGCGUGUGGACAUGGAUGCACUACUUUAUUUAAGAAAAAAAAGUGUUUAUAAGGAAUCGAUAUGUAGUUUCUAAGAGACAAUCAGUGUGCGUCUUAUAUAAAUGGUACAUAUGUGUUUUUUUUAUCUGUGCUAGCCUUCGAAACUGUGAUCUGUUGUAUUGUAUGCAAUUUGUGAGCCCCCCUCGCAUCAGACUCUCUGCUGUGAUUUUAAUAGAUUUCUAACUUUUUUCGAAACAACGAAAGAUGCUAAUGGUUAAAAUUUGCCGCAUCACAAACAGAGACGAGACUUUCCAAGCACAUGCUGGUAGUAAUAAUCAAGGGUUAGCCAUACUGGAAAAGACUCUCGGCUGCUUGAGAGCUCUGCAUAUGCUCCCCCCUCCAUUGAUCUCAACACACGGUGAUUGUGGAUCCUUUACUGGCUCCAAAGAUGGUGUGACCUCACCGCUGAAAAGACAUGAAUAAAGGUCCUGUGAGCUUA